AUUAAAUGAUGUACAUUCAGUAGAAAUAUUAUUAUGAAUGAAUAAUGUCACUAUCCCAUGAUAUUAGAUGUUCUAUCGUCAAAAGGGUUGGUAUCACUGACAAGAGGGGUAGUUCUAUGCCAGGCAAGGGUUAAAGCUGCUGACCACUUACUCCCACCAUUGGCUCAUCUUUUAUAGCCCAUGGGCUGGCUUGCUGUCAGUUGCAGCAGGCUGCGCUGUGCCUUUAAGAGGAGCCUGCAUGCUGAGUGUGGCCAGCAGAGGCAAUCCUGACGCUUAAAGUGAAACUAGAAUCUUCUGCUAAGGAGACAUGAGUGGCUAACAGGGCGGCCAUGUUGACAUGAACUAACGGCAAAGCAAAGCAGUCCCGUUUCUCUAAGAUGACACGAACCGACCCGCCUGACAUACUAGUGUCUACAGUGUAUCGAGAUAUUAAGGUGACCCUGAAAGCUGAUUCUCCCAUCCACAGAGCCACCGCACAAUGUGACAGCUUCAUGUCCAACCACACGGAGACUCACCAGCAACAGUUCAACAAAAGGCACUGCCGCAGCUUUGACUUUCUCGAGGCCUUGGACGAACACUUGACCAAUACCUCAAGCAUGGAACGUUCCCAGCAAGGAAGACAGAGACGGGCAGACACCCCUGAACCAUCUUCUCAGCCUGUGGGCAGAAAGGCCUCCAUGAAGUCAGAUACAAGAUACAUAUCUCAGGGGGUAGACACCUCAAAGGAAGUGGCCAAAGAAACAAGGAGAAGGCCACGAUCCAAAAGUGCACCAAGGGUCACAACUGCUUUCACCUCAAUCCCUAUACAAAUGUCAUCUUCUCAAUCACCUCCUCCGACUACCAGAAGAGGCAGAGAGGUGCUCCGGACCUCCAGAGAACCGCAGAGAUCUGUAGCCUCCCCCAAAAGGGAAGUCAGCUAUGCUCCUGCCAAGGUACUCAUGAAUGAAGUCCACCCAAUAAAACUGCAGCCGCAGCGCAACAGUGCCAGCCGGAUUUCUCCCCUUUGUGUCAGCAGCAACUGCAUGGAGGAAAGUCAUGGGGCAAAGCCAAUCGCUAGCCCUCACGUCCGGUGCCGAGUAGACAUCAAGCCAGAUGAUGCCGUAUUGCAGCACACUGCACACAGCUCUAAGCCCAGUCAGAAUUGGGGGGAGGCACCAUAUUGCACAAGGCAACCAGGCACACCCAGGAACUUAGCAGUACCCGCUGCAAGACUUAUAUCUGUGUCUCGGACCCCCACACCCAGUGAUUCCUAUAGUGGGGACCACAAGAUUGCACACUUUCCCUGUAAUUCAGGGGGCGAGAUGUACACCACAGACUUUAGAGGUGUCCCAUACCAAAGUGUUGCUUCCCCAAGAGACUUCACACACUACUCCAGCAGAGACUGCGGGCAGUAUGGCAGUUCCCCCAUUCCAGCCUCCUACUUCUAUACAGAGGAUGAUGGUAGCUACACUCCAAAUAUCCCCAUCAAAAACAGGGGCUGUCUAACUUACCCUGCAGUCCCUACUCACAACUACUACCCAGAGGAGCCUCCUACCGGCCCUCGAACUUAUUACAUUGAGGAGCCCAGACCUUAUCCUAUUCAGGAAGCGCCAGUAAGGACGUUCUAUGGAGAGGAUGCCCGUUAUUAUCCUCCUCGUGCAGUUUCAGCUAAAACAAUGUACGGGGAGGACCCUAGGUUGUAUCCACUUCAGACGUCAGCUGCCAAACACUACUUUGCUGAGGAUAUCUCAAAGUAUUCAGAAAGGGAGGCCCUCACGAGGACAUAUCCCUACCCAAGGACCUCCCAGCCCCUCCAAUUCAGUGAAUGGUAUUUUCCAGAUCAGGGCCAAGUCCCAUACCCAACCAUACCUAUAUCACCUUUUCCCUCACAGUCAACUGCAAGGGAGGCAAUGCUAUCAUCAUGGCAUGCAUCAUAUAGCAUGAACCAGCAGAGGCUAGGAACAGACACCAGGAGCUAUUCCAGGUCUUGGGACAAUAUUUUAAACCCUGGCGGGCGCAAAGAGGACCCUCUGAUGCGGGGCCGCAGUUAUGAGAACCUGCUGUGCCGUGAGCGACGUGCCUUAUCUCCCGAUGACAGACGCCAACCUGUGGUUGUUAAUCUUUCUUGUUCCCCUAAACGCUAUGCUGCCCUAUCGCUUUCGGAGAAUUCGAUAGUGGAGAAGGUUCACACAGAAGGUGGACGGUACACAAUGGGGCGCUCAUGGUUUGUCACCCCUGAGAUCACUAUUACAGACAAUGACUUAAGAGCAAAUGGGGUGGGAAGGGCUGAGAGGAGGUCUGCCAGCUGGGAUGUGAUAGAUUCGGGUGUCACGCCGCCACCUUACCAAGCCCAUCCUUCCUAUCCUACCAAAGAAAAGAUGCCAAGCAGAUCCGCCCGGCACCGCAGCCUAGAGCAACUGGACGAGCUUAUUGCAGAUCUGGUCAUAGACUACAAACCACCAUCAAGUCGCCGCCCAAGUGAAGCAGAUGCCCUUGCAGACCAAUUGAGAAAGUUAAUCAAGGAGGAUAUGAUAGGGCUCCCAAGAAAAACAGAACACUAUGGACAAAUGGCAGAGCUUCUGCAGAGUAGGCCCCUAAACGAACAGCCAACACCGACCUUUCCAGAAUCUCACCGAGGUCAGAGGAGAGGGACAUUCCCAGAGAUGCCUGUGAGCAGCCCCCACAAGCCACUAGAAGACUGCUCGCCGGAUCUGAGUGCAGAUGAGGAUGAUCUUUUAACUUGCUCCAAUGCCAAGUGCAGGCGCACAGAGACUAUGUUCAAUGCCUGCCUCUAUUUCAAGUCCUGCCAUAGCUGCUACACUUACUACUGUUCCCGCAACUGUCGCCGUGAGGACUGGGACAUCCACAAAGAGAGCUGUAUUUACGGUCGCAUGGGCAGCGUCUGUCGCCAUGUGCUGAAGUUUUGCAGAGAGAAUACAGAGGUGCACAAAGCCUUUUCUCGUAUUGCCAAGGUGGGAUACCUCUCCCGCGGUAGAGGGGUGCUCUUUCUAGGUUUUCCUAACCCCGGUUCUGCAGAUAACUUUCUCCAACUGGGCCUGGAAGGUUUGCUGAUGUCCCCCACCUACUUGUCUCUGAGGGAGUUAGAGAGCUACUCAGAUAACCUGGGAGAGCAUGCCAAGGAGCUGCAGGUAGCUGGCAACCAAUUUGACCCAGAGGAAUGUUUCUUGUUGAAUGUAACUGUGGCAGUGGGACAAGGGGGCUCUGACCGCCUGUCAGCAAGAGCCCACCAUAUCCCCACUGUCCGCAAGUAUGCCAAAAUAGCCUUAGCCUCGUCUAGCCCAGAGAGAAAGAUCACAAAAAAGGAAAAGGACAUGGAGACACUGAUCUUAACCCCACCUCCUGGCACAGCCAACUUGGAUAACGAUGGAGAAGAAGGGAGGAAAGCCAGGGAGGUUUGCUUCAUUCAUAUCCAAAGGGAGCUUAGAAUAAGAGGGGUCUUCCUUCGUCAUGAAUAUCCUAAAAUCUACCAGCAGCUGUGUGAGUUUGUGGAGAACAACAAGAGGUUCAUACCCACCACCAUCUAUCCCAUCGACAGGAGGACUGGGAAACAGUUUAUGUGCAUGAUCAUGGCAGCUUCAGAGCCAAGGACCCUAGAUUGGGUGGCCAGCCCAAAUCUUCUGGAUGAUAUCAUGUAACUGCACAUCACUGGCACUCUACACUCAUUGUCUCUUAUGUUCUUCUCUGGCUUUGUAGCUUAUUUAUUUUUUGUAUCGGAAGAAGUCAUAUUGCUUUAAUAUUCACAACAUACUCCGGCCCUUCCGUUCACCAGGAUUGGACACUGCCUGGCUUGCUAAUAUUCACCUUUCAUUGAUGCCCUAUCUUGCACUUUUUGGUGUUGAAUCAAGGGUAAUGUUUAAAGCUUGGUUGUCCAGACUUUUAGCAACGUAGGGCCUAAAUAUAUAGAGGUCAUUGCAUUAAGUAAAGGACUGGUCACCAUCGCCAGCUCAAAGUCUACUGCUAGAUCACAAUCUAUCUUGGGCACCCCUGUUUUAUAGAGUCGAAAGACAAACGCGUAUAUCAAAUCAUUGAAUUAAUUUAACGUUUGGUUCAUUCAGGGCUAUCACUGAAUUCUUAUUUAUGGAAAUAUCUUAUUUAAACUUAGAACAUGCAUUAGGCUGCUAUUUAAAAUAUAAUCAGCUGGUUCAUCUUUCUUUAUAAAUUCAAUUCUGUCUGUUGGUGUUGACGAGAUAGUGUAGGGAUAGGUCACCUUUGGCUCUCCAGAUUUAGAACUACAACUCCCAGCAUCUUCUUGAAGAUGACUGAUGGAGUUGCAAGACUAUCAAUUGUAGAAUGGAAAGAUCAUCUCAUUCAUGUUGAAAACAUUACUAAUUUUAAACAGAUGCCAUUGCUAUAAUACUACUAGUUUUACAGUAUAGUAAUACUACUUUCAAUGUAUUAUAGCAAAGAUUAUAUUUUGUAUUGUAUUCUGGGAUUAAAAUUAGGCACAGAUUCCCAAAUGUGUGUGUGGUAGCUUUAAAGGGGUUUUUGUUCACCUUGUACUAUGUUCUAGACUGCAGACAAUUUGCAGCUGAUUAUUUUAUUUUUUUAUUUGUGGUUUUUGAAUACAUGGUUAGGCCUGCAAUUUAAACUGCUUUAAGGUUGCUGGGAGUUAAUUAAUUUAGCAACCAAGGAGCAGUUUAAAUAUCAAAACAGGGACUAAACCUGAAAAAAAAAACAAGCAAUAAUAGAAUAACCAUCAAACUAAAGCCUGUUUUUGUUGUUGCUGUUGCGGUCAGUGACCCUGACAACCAGAUAUUUUCAGCUGCAGGCCAUAUUAAGAAGGCUUAUAAUUAAAAAAACCUUAGAUCCACCUAUAAAAUAUGAAAAGUUAAUGUAAAGGUGAACUUCUCCUUUAAAUAUAUUUCAAAGGUGCAGUAAGGAAAUCCUUGUCAGUCUUAGGGGUAAUAGAAAUGGCGCUCUGCUUUUAGCAAGCCGCCCAAGUGAAAAGCAAGGUGCAGGGUAAGUAUUGAUAGGAGUAUUAGAAGCUGGAGGCUCUAAUACCCAUUUAUAGAAUUUUGAUGAGUAGAAUGAAUUAUUGGUAUAUGUAUACAAUACAAGAAUCCAAAGUAAUUAUAUUUGGGCUCACGGUACUAUUUGGUGUCCAACAUUUGGCCUGGGUGCCCUUAGCUAAUGAGUCAUUAGGGAUGGGCGAAUUUGACCCGUUUCGCCAAAAAUUUGCCGCUGGCAAAAAUGUCUAG